GCGAAAUUCACACCUAUCAUCUCAACCUCGACUUUCCUCUCGGCGGAUAUUCAUUACAAUGGGCGGAGGUUCUAGGUUUCCUUAUCCCAAGGAGGUGUGGUCGCCAGCGGGCGGAUGGUGGACCAGGCCUUCGAAUUGGAAGUCGAACACUGCGAUUGCAUUCGCUGGUAUCCUCGUCAUUACAUAUGGAGCAUUCGCCUUCUGCGCUGAUCGAGAGUGGAGGUAUGUCGAGCCGGCGCGUCCAAUCCCCUCGAUGAAGUCUAUACCAUGCAGUGGUCAAAGCAGUACAAAGAUAGACAAUCCGAGUCAACUCAAGAGGAGCAUAGCUAGACCUUUCCACGCUCUUCUGUCUUUUCUCAAUCGCACGAUGAUAAAACACCGAAUUUAAUUUCGAUCUUGCGUAUCACUAUCAAGUCAGCAAUUGCUAUACAGGACCCAGCCUUCUGGCCAGGCUAUUCUUGCUCAAUUUCUCAUGCCGACAUUGUGGAGUCACUACUUUCUAUCAUUCUGUAUGAACUUACUAGAAAGUGGUCAAAGUCCGCGGCAUGCAGGGUACCUUUUCUGAACCUUCACCAUGAGAUCAAUGAAUAUGCGAUCGAGGGGACUAAGUUCGUGAAUGGUGUUUCUACCCUUAUCUUUCCCCUCCAUUGUGAGUUCAAA